CCCAUCUCUCCCACCCAGCAGUUUCCCAUUCGUUUUUUGUUAAGGAUUUUCCCAACUUCUAUCAUACAACAUGGCUGCAGCUGCUUCCACAAUGGCUCUCUCCUCUCCUUCUCUGGCCGGAAAGGCUGUGAAGCUAGGCAGAUCUGCCUCUGAGCUUUUCGGUGAAGGGAGGAUCACCAUGAGAAAAGCCAAACCUAUCUCAUCCGGCAGCCCCUGGUACGGCCCUGACCGUGUCAAGUACUUGGGUCCCUUCUCUGGUGAGCCUCCAUCCUACCUGACCGGAGAAUUCCCCGGUGACUAUGGCUGGGACACUGCCGGGCUAUCUGCUGACCCCGAGACCUUCGCUAAGAACCGUGAGCUUGAGGUCAUCCACAGCAGAUGGGCUAUGCUUGGAGCCCUUGGUUGUGUCUUUCCUGAGCUCCUUUCACGCAAUGGAGUCAAGUUCGGUGAGGCCGUGUGGUUCAAGGCCGGUGCCCAAAUCUUCUCUGAGGGUGGAUUGGACUAUUUGGGUAACCCCAGCUUGAUUCAUGCACAGAGCAUUCUAGCCAUCUGGGCUACACAGGUUAUCUUGAUGGGUGCUGUUGAAGGCUACCGUGUUGCAGGUGGACCUCUUGGUGAGGUCACUGACCCACUCUACCCAGGUGGUAGCUUUGACCCACUUGGGCUUGCCGAUGAUCCUGAGGCUUUUGCUGAGUUGAAGGUGAAGGAGCUCAAGAAUGGUAGGUUGGCUAUGUUCUCUAUGUUUGGGUUCUAUGUCCAGGCCAUUGUUACUGGAAAGGGACCUUUGGAGAACCUGGCUGACCACCUUGCUGACCCUGUCAACAACAAUGCUUGGGCUUAUGCCACCAACUUCGUCCCCGGCAACAAGAUGGCCGGUGCCCAAAUCUUCUCUGAGGGUGGAUUGGACUAUUUGGGUAACCCCAGCUUGAUUCAUGCACAGAGCAUUCUAGCCAUCUGGGCUACACAGGUUAUCUUGAUGGGUGCUGUUGAAGGCUACCGUGUUGCAGGUGGACCUCUUGGUGAGGUCACUGACCCACUCUACCCAGGUGGUAGCUUUGACCCACUUGGGCUUGCCGAUGAUCCUGAGGCUUUUGCUGAGUUGAAGGUGAAGGAGCUCAAGAAUGGUAGGUUGGCUAUGUUCUCUAUGUUUGGGUUCUAUGUCCAGGCCAUUGUUACUGGAAAGGGACCUUUGGAGAACCUGGCUGACCACCUUGCUGACCCUGUCAACAACAAUGCUUGGGCUUAUGCCACCAACUUCGUCCCCGGCAAGUGAGUGGAUUGAGGAGGCACUCUUCCUUCAACAAUUAGUGUGAGAUUGUUUUGAAAUAAGUUUGUGUUGAUCAUAUAAAUCAAUGCAAACUAAUGGAAAUUAUGUGAAUUUUGUGUAUUAGUGAACAUUUUCUAAUGUAUUUUGCUUCAUUUUCUAUGUGAAUUGCUUCAAUAAUCAAAGCUUCCCCCCCCCUCUUGUUAUUUCUUCA